CUUGUGCUUAUGGCGACAUGUGCUCAUGGAGGAAUUUAGUGUUUCUCUAGCCAUGUUAGCCUUGCAGGUUGCACUUUCGAAUAGUGCUCACUGAUAAUUCAUCGGUUGGGAAAUAGUACGUGAACAGACUCACCUAAAGAUUUUGAAAGCGAAGAGAAAUUAAACACUGGAGAGGCGAAAUUAAGCCAACGUGUCCCGUCCAUACGCUGUUUUUGAAAACAACCCGAAACGUAAGAGAACACUUUUCCGAGGAGUUUGGUGUGUGAAGACAAGACCUUUUAUAUUGUGUUAAGGACAUUUUAUUAUUUGUUGAUAUGUUUUUUAUCUCUAAAGACUAUUGUCGUUUUGUCAAGUUGAGUAAUAACUAGUUUCUUUUCAAAGAGACUGGCUGUCGUGUUUUGGUGUUGUGAAACUUGAAUUUUUCGUCUCAAAAUUGAGAAUUGUUACCAUAAACUACUGAUUGUUGAUAUUUUCACCUGGUUAUACAUGAGCCCGACGGGUUUGUCGGUUGUCAGUGGCAGCUGAGAUUAAGCAAGACUCGACACCGAGUCUACACUCCUUCCUAACUUGGAAAUCAACAUCUGGUGGAACAAACAUGGCGACGGCCGUGAGCUCGGCUCCGACAAAUCAAACAGAUUGUUCCAUACAGAACACUUCUGAGGUCUCAAAGCCGAACAUUAACACCUCGGAUGAAACUCCAAAGGAGUCCCCACGUGCUGCAAAUGCAGAUUCAAACGCAUUGAGCGAAACUAACGCCUCGGGAGACGCUUCUAGUGCAUCGCCAAGUGUACCCAAAGACUCGAAAUCUAACACGAAAAAGGGUGACAACAAGAAUUAUGUGGAAGCCCCACCCCCGAAAACAAAUCCAUGGACUAAAGGGAAGGCCAAACCAUCGCAUGUACCGAUACAUAAACCAGAAAACAGUUCUGCAGAAACUAAAGGGUCGCUAAAGUCCACCCAUGUGAAAACUGAGGCCAAGGAUCCCACUCUGGGCGAUGACAACUGGCCGGCACUCUCUGAGCAAACCCAGAAUUCAAAGAAGCCUUCCAAACCAUCUGGUUCCACUGGCCCUCCAACACCACCAGCCUCUCAGAAUCACAACAGUCAGUCGCAGAGUGACUCAGGGGGAGAUGACUCUGCCAAAGAAAAUAAGGAGAACUCCAUAGCUUCCGUCGAAUCUCAGCGGACGCCUAAAGGAAAGAAAGCAAUCAAAGGUUCCAAACAAAGGUGGCUUCCCCUUGAGAUAGACCCACCCAAGUCCAGCCGGCGGUCAGGCAGAAGUCGGAGUCAAGGCAGACGACCCAACUCGCCAGCCUCCCGACGAGACCCGCGCAGAACCUCAGACAGACUGGGCAAGUCUGACAAGCGUGCUGAUGAGUCCAAGAACUGGAGAGACGACAUCGCCAAUGCUGCAGCAGAGGGAAGAAGCCCCUUCUCCAGUUACUCCCGUGGAGGACGGAGGGGACGUGGUCGAGGAGGCACUGGGGGCAGGGGACGCGGACGUGGUAGAGGAACUGCAAGCGAGGAUACAGAUUUCCAGUAUGAUGAAUCGUAUUUUGUGGAUGGAAACUUCACCCCCUAUGCAGGGACGGUGUACUUUGGCGCCCCAAUGGUUGAUGAUGCGGUGCUGAAAGACUAUGUAAAGAAACAGAUUGAGUACUAUUUUAGCGAGGAGAACCUGCAGCGUGACUUCUUCCUGCGUCGCCGGAUGGAUGUGGGAGGCUGGAUCCCCAUCAGCCUCAUCGCCAGCUUCCACAGAGUGCAGAACCUCACACAAGAUGUCAACCUCAUCAUACAGUCAUUGAAAGACAGCGAUACAGUUGAACUCUCUGAGGAUUUACUCAGGAUACGAGGCUUGAACGACCCUGAGAAAUGGCCAAUUGAAGGACCUGCUCUCAUCACUACUUCCAACCUACAUGCUGAUGUACCGGAAUUCGUGCCUGGUCAACCUUUCAAAUUACCAGAUUCGGUCACCUACCCUCCUCCAAGCUCCCGUGAUGAUGAGGAGUCCCUGGAUGACCUGAUGAAGGACUGGAAGGACAGUCUCAAGUCAACAUCGGCCUCGCACUUGUCCUCCUCCGCCCCCGAGCUUCAGGGGGAGUGGCGAGAAGUCCGGCGGAGGGAACGCAGGGAGAAGCAGAAACUUAAGGAUGAGCAGUCUGGGUUUGCAGAGACUAAGGCCCCAGAGCAGGAGGAACUGGACUUCAUGUUUGAUGAGGAGAUUGAACAGCUUGAAGUGGGCAGAAAAAAUAACUUCACUGACUGGUCUGACGACUCAGAUGAUGAGUUGGCUGAUAGUGAUAUCAACAAAAUUCUUAUUGUAACUCAGACUCCCCCAGCCUACCGGAAACACCCGGGUGGCGAUCGCACGGGGGAUCACAUUCCUCGUGCCAAGAUGUCGUCAGAGUUGAUUAAAGUCAUCAAUGAUGGCCUGUAUUACUAUGAGCAGGAUCUGUGGGAAGAGAGUGAUCAGUUCGAUGCAAUUGAUCUCCGGGACUUCAAGACGGUGAACCUGAUCAGCAAGGAAGAGUUUGACAACCUGACACCAACAUCAGCUGUUCUGCUACAGGAGGUCCCUCCUCCACCCCCUCCACCAGUGACAUCUACAGAACCAAAGAAAGUGCCGUCCCCCCAGACUGUGCAGCAGGAUGUGGCACGGUCACUUCCUGCUUACGUGCCCGACACGCCAGGCAGACCGACACCUCGGACACCACACGCACGCAAAGAUUCCAGCAAAGCUCCACGGUUCUACCCAGUAGUGAAGGAUUCUUCAAGACCUCCAGAUCCACAGACUCCCAGGAAGAAGAAGACGAGGCACAGCAGCAACCCCCCGGUGGAGGGUCACGUGGGCUGGGUGAUGGACUCCAAGGAGCACAAAGCACGGUCAAGAAACAACUCCACCUCCAUGAGCAUGAGCCCGUCGGACAGCCAGUUGUCUGUCAGCUACGGCAGCACUCCUCUCACAUUCCCUCAGUUUGAGCAUCCAUCACAUCAGCUGCUGAAGGAGAACGGAUUCGUCUGGACUGUCUACCACAAGUAUCACGCCAAAUGUCUCAAAGAACGGAAGAGGCUUGGAAUCGGACAGUCUCAGGAGAUGAACACACUGUUCAGGUUUUGGUCCUUCUUCUUACGUCAGCAUUACAACAAAAAGAUGUACCAGGAGUUCCGCUUCAGUACAUUUAAAUUUCGCAACCUGGCUGUGGAGGAUUCCAAGGAUGGAUACAGGUACGGCUUAGAGUGUCUGUUCCGCUACUACAGCUACGGACUGGAACGCCGUUUCCGGCUAGAUGUGUUCAAGGACUUCAUGGAGGACACAACAAGAGACUGCGAAAGUGGUCAGCUAUAUGGACUGGAGAAGUUCUGGGCGUUCCUGAAGUAUUCUCGGCGGUCAGUAGAAGUUGACCCAAUGCUGAAAGAAAAACUUUCCAAAUUCAAGCGACUAGAGGAUUUCCGAGUUGAUUUCGAGGAUCAAUCCAGUGGACCAACACCUUCAAAACAGACAUCCCAAGACACCCAAUUGAAAACAGCCACUCAGAAGUCUGGUCAAGCCAGCCAAUCAAAAUCCACAACAGAGAAAACUGACAAGCCUGCAUCAGGAUCAGAAGGUGCCGCCGCUGCUGCCUCCAAGUGAAACAGUGUACAUAGACUGAUGGGACAAAGGGGGCUUGUAUAUAGCAUGGGAUACUGUCUGACAUCACACAACCAAUGCGCUCUGGGCAAGCCGGAAACCAUUCUCUGUACCGUACAUCACUCAAGUUUAUGUUUAAGAGAUAAUUUAAUGGCUUUCUAUUUCAAAUUGUUAGUAUUGACAAGAUAUCAUGUAAAAAAACGUAAUAUUUUUAGAGUUUCCAUAAAUUUGUCUUGGCUGCAUAAUGUUAUUUGUAAAACUGACACCAGGUAUAAUAUUGUGUUAACUUCAGCUAUGCAGGAAUUUCUCUUUGCUUGUUUGAAGGUUAGAAUCAAGGUGAAAUAUUUGCUGAAGUGUUUUCAGGCUUGUCCAGUUCAGUUCAGACAUGACGUUUCCUCCUGUGUACGUUUAAAAUUUGCCAAGUUUUUUGGUUGCUUUUACUAUUUGAUGAAGGUCAAUGUUAAUGGACACCCCGAGUUAUUCUGGAAGGGAGAUAACUCUAGAAUACUUGUGGAUUUGAAUGUAGCCAUAAUUAUAGUGGUGCAGUGUAAGUUCUUUAUACUGCUGUGAUAUGGUUUCUUUGCCGAGUUUCUAAUAUGUAAAAUAUUGAUUGUUGACAGCAUGUUGUUGUCAUCUUACAAUGCUUGUGAAUAUUUAUAACAGUCCACUGUAUUGUUAUGCGAAAGGGAGAUAAUCAUUAUGAAGGAUAUUCAGAUGAAAAAACGUUUCAUUUUCAAUUCCACUUUAGCUUUAUGAUUUGGACAUUUGUAACAGGUUUGCAUUGACAGCCAAGACGUCAUUUUAGCAUGAUGAUGUACUCUUGUUUUAGAGUAGUUUAAUGAUUAUUUUCAUUUUCAUUUCUUCAUUUAGUUGAACAAGACAUUUAUUCAUUUUUCACCUUAGUGAAGUGCUUUGAUUUUCAUGAAUAUGGUACAAAGGAAUACUUAAUCUUAUCAAAAAAAUAUUUUCUUUGAAUGCAGCUAUGCUUAACAAAUCAUAUUUCAUAGCUAACAAGGACGCUUGGUUUUUAUUUUGAUGUUAAGAUGUCAGGUUUUAUUUUCUCAGUGAAGUAUUUACAUAUUCAUAAAUGGUAAACAUGCUGUAGUACUAUUUUCAAGGUCUCCUGUCAAAGUUUAUUUUCAGUGCUUGGGAGAAAAGACAAAGGACUCCAUGAAAAAAUGGACGAGUUGCAAUAUCUUUUUUUCUGUUUCAAAGGUGUUUCCAAACGCUGUAGUGAGUUAUGUUUUUCAGGUUGUAUUAUUUAUGGAAAAUGAUCCUUUAUGCUAAAACUAAAGGUGAUGUGCAUAUUUGAAUGACUGUACGUGUGUCUCAGCUUGAGUUGUGGUGCAUUGCUUUGUUCAUGUUUUCAGUGUUUUAUUUUCAGGGAAAGUCUGCCUCUGUUUACAUAAUGCAUUCGCUAUCAUUCAUGCGUUAACCAAUCUUUGUUGCUAUGUGUGUUUGUGUCUGUGGAACGAGUUAGGAUCUAGUUUAAUGAUCCUUACUUGUUUGAUAUUUCUUGCGGAGGGUCUAUUUCGAAAUUUUCAUUUGAUAAGGAAAAGGUUUUCAAUGGCAGUUGGAAUGUAUACUGAUGGGCAGUCGUAAGAGGACAUUGCAGAAAAACUAUUGGCACCACAACACAGUCUCUCGUCUUUAUCUGGCGUGUCCUAUAGUGCUAAAAGGGACGUCACGUCAGGUUGGUGACUCCCUUUAGGUCUACACCUGCAUAAAGAAUGUCACAGCAAAA